AGAAACAACUGUGGUCGAUCCAGUUUCUUUUCAUGGGAUUCGGCGUUCGGUGUUCUCUCACCCUCACCCCCUUGUGGGCUGUGUGGCAUGUUGUGGCACACUUGCAAUUCCAUUCUUUGGGUAGAGGUUUUUCACGGUUUCUCUAGGCACAUUUUCAUAGAAAGUAAGGACCAAAAGACUUACGCGAGCAUGGUGGUGAGGAUACCUCGGUCCGAACGAAACAAGAAAUCAAGAUGAACCAGGCGAUUGGGACAUCAGGAAAUGGACUCAAUUGAGACAUCACGACGGCAUUUCAAAAUAGCGAUGCCCUUUGCUCCUAGUAGCCUUCCUGCUCCUAGUAGCAAGGCCAGGAGCCCCUAGUAGCGAUGCCCGAAAUACUCCUCUUGUCCAUCAAUCGAGGAAAUUUCAAGAUCGCUUUGUGAAGAUGUUGGGCUUUGCAAAUCGGCCAGCGGGUCAAGCAACAACGGAGGAGGACUUUGACAUUUUUUGGGACAAUCUAGAGCAUCAACUUGUUGGCACCGCAGCGAUUGGAGUAACACCCCUGCUGAAGCUGGACUUGGUGAGGGAGUACAUUACAUUGCGAGACUUCUCGGGCAACGUCUCAGGUGCUGUCGAAGUGAGCAUGCGCAUGUGUUUGAGUUCCAAGCCUUCCAUGAUGCGAAUCAGCACAGCUGCCGGAAGUGGAGUUCUAAAGGACCAGGAGGUGAUUGGCAGCGUGUCCUUCGGACGACUGUCUUAUGAAAACGCUGAGAGCAAGAACUGGGGAAGCUUCUUCGUGCGCUUUUCCUGGUUCGACACGGAGGGCCGCAUGGAGCACGUGUCUCCGGCCGCGCAAGCGGAAAACCUGCAGUAUACCUUCGAGUUCAAACAGACUUGCAGCGAAUCUUUCUUGAAGUUCCUUGAGGACGGCGUGAUGGCACUCCAGGUGCGCGCCUAUGACAGAGGCGUUGCUGCAGGUGAAUUAGACAUCGUCAAGCAGAAGCUCAAGUUCACGGAGGAUGAGUUGGAGAGAGUGAAGAACCAGCUCUUGGAGGACUCCUCUAGAUACCAAGAAGAAUUGCAAGAAGCUCGGGAGCGUGUGGCUCAAGCAAAAGAGGAGGCCAAAUUUGAAGCUGCGCGAGCGCAAGCUGCGCAACAAGCUGCGCAAGCUUCGCCCACUUCAGAGGCCGUGGCACCCGUGGUAGCGCAAGCCGAUGAUGGAGCAUGGGAGGAUAUGCGAUAUGCAACAUUGGAUGAGGUGAAAGCCGAGCUUGUGAGAGCAAGAGGGCAAGUCUUCAAGAUACAGCAUGACAAGGAUGAGCUGAAGUCGAAGGUGGAAAGGUUAGAAGGAAAUGGUGGACGUCCUUUUGUUGCUCCAGGGCAGUUGAAUGAGCCUGCACGACAGGAUCCAUCACAAUGGAGACACGAAGACAUGGAGCAGGCCCAUCAACACAUCAUGUAUCUGGAGAUGAAGGUUCGAGCAUUGGAAGAGCUCGAGCGGAAAAAUGAGGACCUGGAACAACAAGUUCAAACGCUGGAGAGGGAGAAGUCGGCUGGUGGUUGCGAGAUUUCCUGAGUUUGGAAGCGUUUCUUGCUGCGGUGAGUAGUGCCCAGCAUGUCACCACGAGAAGGCCCUGGAGAUCGACAGAGGAUUCGAAGC